AAAAAAAAAAAAAAAAAAAACUGUUUGAACGCCCCUAUUCAUCGCAAAGAAAAUAAAGAGCAUUUAGCACCGAGUGACAACUGUAGUAGAUAAAGUGUACGCGAGUCACACUAUGGGACCCUAUUUUGACGUUGUACUCUGAAUCCAGUUUUGUUUUAAUUAAAAAAAAAAAUAAGAAAAAAGAACUGUCUCUUUGUAUGUGAAAUCUUUCUUUGUUUCUUUCUUUUAUGCGAGGCUGGAACUUAGAUAACUUUUUUGUUUGAAAAGCCAAUCAUUCACAUAAUCAAACAAAAACCCACCGUCACUAUUUCACUCCUACUUUUUCUUCUUUUCCCACACUUCGCAUUUACUCUCCUUUUCUCCACCUUCAUGAUCCUUAUAUAAUCCACAAGAAGAAGAAAAUUGAGCAGUGCAAAAGACAGGAAAUAUGUCAAGUUCUAUAGUGUUUCAAGUCAUUGCUCUUCUGGCUCUAUGCCAUGUAACUUUACAAAGUACUAGUGAGGAAAGUACUUUUAUUAUCCACAUGGCAAAAUCUCAAAUGCCGGACAGUUUUGACGACCAUACACAUUGGUAUUCUUCGUCGUUGAAAUCGGUAUCUGAAUCAGCCGAAAUGCUGUAUGUUUACAACAAUGCUGUUCAUGGUUAUGCCGCGAGGCUUACAAAGAAAGAAGCUGAAUCAAUACAGAAACAACGUGGAAUUCUGUCGGUUAUGCCGGAGAUGAAAUAUGAAUUACAUACGACAAGGACGCCGUUGUUUUUAGGUUUAGAUAGAAGUGCUGAUUUCUUUCCGGAGUCGAAUGCGAUGGGUGAUGUGAUUGUUGGUGUGCUUGAUACUGGAGUUUGGCCUGAAAGUAAGAGUUUUGAUGAUAGUGGGUUUGGACCUAUUCCGGCUUCGUGGAAAGGGGAGUGUGAAUCUGGGACUAAUUUCAGUUCCAAGAAUUGUAAUAGGAAGUUGAUUGGUGCAAGGUACUUCGCUAAAGGUUAUGAAUCCACUAUGGGUCUGAUAGAUGAAACCAAAGAAUCAAAAUCUCCGAGGGAUGAUGACGGACAUGGGACACACACUUCUACUACUGCAGCUGGUUCAGUUGUUCAGGGCGCUAGUCUCUUUGGGUUUGCUUCUGGAAGUGCUCGUGGAAUGGCAACUCAUGCUAGAGUUGCUGUGUACAAAGUUUGCUGGAUUGGUGGUUGUUUUAGCUCUGAUAUAUUAGCAGCUUUGGACAAAGCCAUUGAUGAUAACGUAAAUGUGCUUUCUUUAUCACUUGGUGGCGGCAAUUCAGAUUACUACAGAGACAGUGUCGCGAUUGGUGCCUUUGCUGCUAUGGAGAAAGGGAUUUUAGUAUCUUGCUCUGCAGGUAACUCUGGUCCUAGUCCUUACAGUUUGUCCAACGUAGCACCAUGGAUCACUACUGUAGGUGCAGGAACAUUGGACCGUGAUUUUCCUGCAUAUUUAAGUCUAGGUAAUGGUAAGAAUUUCUCUGGUGUAUCACUCUAUAAAGGGCCUAUGUCACUAAGCAAAAUGCUUCCCUUUGUGUACGCUGGUAAUGCUAGUAAUUCGACAAAUGGAAAUCUUUGCAUGAUGGGUACCUUAAUUCCUGAGCAAGUUAAAGGAAAAAUUGUUUUAUGUGACCGUGGAUUAAAUCCCAGGGUCCAAAAAGGCUCUGUGGUAAAAGCAGCUGGUGGAGUCGGUAUGGUCUUGGCUAAUACCGCUGCAAAUGGAGAUGAACUUGUUGCUGAUGCCCAUUUGCUUCCAGCAACGACGGUGGGACAGACAACAGGGGAAGCAAUCAAGAAGUACUUAACCUCGGAUCCCAAUCCGACAGCCACGAUUCUUUUCGAGGGAACUAAGGUGGGUAUCAAACCAUCACCAGUGGUUGCUGCAUUUAGCUCCAGAGGGCCAAAUUCAAUCACGCAGGAAAUUCUGAAACCGGACAUCAUAGCACCCGGUGUUAACAUUAUUGCAGGGUGGACAGGUGCGGUUGGUCCAACAGGGUUGGCCGAGGACAAUCGACGUGUUGGGUUUAACAUUAUUUCGGGCACGUCUAUGUCAUGUCCCCACGUGAGUGGUUUGGCUGCUUUGCUUAAAGGAGCACACCCUGAUUGGAGCCCAGCUGCUAUCCGCUCAGCUCUUAUGACCACGGCUUAUACAGUGUACAAGAACGGUGGUGCUCUCCAAGAUGUUGCAACUGGAAAACCAUCCACACCGUUUGAUCAUGGUGCAGGACAUGUAGACCCUGUUGCAGCACUAAACCCCGGACUUGUUUAUGACUUGAAGGCUGAGGAUUAUCUGAAUUUCCUCUGUGCCUUGAACUACACAUCGACCCAGAUCAAUAGUAUUGCCAGAAGACCCUUCAGUUGCGACACAAGUAAGAAAUUCAGCGUCACUGAUUUGAAUUACCCUUCAUUUGCUGUUGUAUUUUCAGAACAAAUGAUUGCUGACAGCGGAAGUGGUUCCAGUUCAAUUAAACAUAUACGAACGGUUACUAAUGUUGGACCAGCCGGAUUAUACAAAGUUAAUGUUAUUUCACCAAGCAACUUGGUGAAAGUCACGGUUGAGCCUGAAACAUUGGCUUUCACUCGUACGAAUGAGCAGAAAUCAUAUACGGUGACUUUCACUGCUCCUUCAAUGCCGUCAACUAAAAAUGUUAAUGGUAGAAUUGAGUGGUCAGAUGGAAAGCAUGUAGUGAGUAGUCCAGUGGCCAUUAGUUGGACAUAAAAAUGUUAUCGAUAGCUCGUGUUUCAAAUUUAACUUCUGUUUUAGUUAUGUUAAUUGUAGUUUUAUGCUAAAGUCGUAAGCAAAAACUUGGAAAUUGGACUUCAAAUGUUUGAUGUAAGACAUGAACGGUAUGAUCAUUCCAGGAAGAUGGACAUGCCUUUUCUUGCCUCAUUGUAUAGUGAUUGUCCAAGAAGUAGUUCUCUCUUUUCUUGCAUUUACAAUCUUGCUCAAUAACUUGUAUUGUUGUGUGUUGUAACUGGUUGCUAAAGAUAAUGAAUAAGAUCUCAAAAUGUUGGGAGUA